AACUAUUUUUACACGCUUACCGACAGUUGUCAGUGUCGUUGCGUAGAUAUUUUAUAUGGUAAAAAACCACUAGAGUCCUAUAUAUAAGAGAAGCGAUUUCUGAUUGGUGUUAUCUCCCAUCUAAUUAAAGCAGCCAUAUUAUAUAUACCCGCAGCGGAGAGCUGUCAUAUGUUUCCUUUCUACAACUGAACUGAUGGAGCUCUUAACAUUUACCAAUCUUGCAUACUGCGAUUCCAUGUAAAAAUUUAAAAUGCUCAAUGAUGGAAGAAGAGUCUGAAGUGAUAGAACAUUUUUUUGGCGUAUAUUUGUUAUAUUGUAUGAAUCCAAGAUAUAAGGGAAGAACUUAUAUAGGUUAUACUGUGGAUCCAAGACGUAGAAUUAAACAACAUAAUGCUGGUAAGAAGCAUGGUGGAGCAUGGAAAACUAGUAACAGAGGACCAUGGAACAUGAUCUUGAUUGUUCAUGGAUUUCCCAACAGUACUUCUGCACUUAGAUUCGAAUGGGCUUGGCAACAUCCAGAUGUAAGUAGGCGGUUAAAACAUGUUCCUAGGAAGAAGUCAUCGCAGAAGAUACUUGAUUUUCAAUUGAUAGUACUCUCUGAAAUGUUAAAAAUUGGGCCUUGGUAUCGUCUACCUUUAAUUAUACGAUGGUUGGACUAUCAAUUUUCAAAAAAUUAUUACGAAUACAUAUCUCCACCAUUACACAUGCCCAUAUGCUAUAGCAAAGUCACUAGUUGUAAAGUUAAACAAACACAAAAAACAAAUGAAGAUAAUAUUCUAUCACAAUUGCCAAUAAAAAAAUCAUUAAUAUUUUGUUCUCUUUGCGACUCGAAUAUAAUAGAGAAAGAUUCUGUCACUUGUAUAAAACCAAAGUGCUUUUUGAUUGUUCAUUUAAUCUGUUUAGCAAAAGAAUUUUGUAAAGAUGAUAUGAUCUUACCAAUUGAGGGUAUUUGCCCUAUGUGCAAGUCUAAUGUCCUCUGGGGAGACCUUAUAAAAAAAAAGAAUGGUUAUUAUCAAAGCUCUUGAAGAAAUUAAUAUUAAUUUUUCCAAUAAUGAUGCUAUUUAGUCAUAUAUAUAAGAUCUUAUAAUUAUCUAAAAUAUAAUAAAUACGAAUUUUUAUCUUGUACUUCAAAUCUAAGUUAUCACACCUUUUAUUAUGUGUACACACGCACGCACACACGCAGGGUAUCUGAUGGGUUUUGAUAAAACGCUUAUGUGUAGAUAGAGCGGACUAGAGUUCCUAGAAAAACAUGCCCUCAAAAUGUCAAACUGCUAGGGAUAUGUUCUUAGUGCUUAUAUUUUUAUACACUUUCGUACUUAGUUCUGUGACGAGAGUAAAAGCCGCAGCACAGACUUUUGCAUAACGCAUAACGCAUAAGUGAAUCAGAAUAAUAAACUAAUCAGAAUCUUUCUUUUCCUCCAAUUCCAUGGAAAAGAAUUUCAAUUGAUUGAUUUCUUUAUGCACUAUGCAUUAUGCGUACACAAGAGUCUGUGUGCUGCGGUCAUAAGCCAGACGGACGUGUUUGUCUCGGCUUGGAUAUUGCGUCAUCCCCAAUUUUUACGCCUACUGGGCUUUUUGUUUCGAUUUCACAUUUCGUUUUUAUUAUUCACCGGCGCACUUCCAUUAUGAAGGUAUGCGCGGAACAUAUUUGAUAUUG